AAACUCCAGAGAGAGAACUCUUUCUCUUUCCCAUAACAUCUUUCAUUAUCAUCAUCAUCACCGUCAUGUGUAACACACCACCACCUACCACCACCGUGUCCGAGAACCAACAACCUCAAACCGGACACUUAUUCAACCUCCUCCCGACCAAAACCUCCCAACAUCUCCGACAUUGCGAGAACAAAAGAUCUCCACUCAUGUCCGAAGCCUUAACCGAGGCCAAGUCUCUCUUCACACUCGCUUUCCCGAUCGCCGUGACGGCACUAGUCCUCUACCUCCGCUCCGCCGUCUCCAUGUUUUUCCUAGGCCGUCUCGGUGACCUCGAAUUAGCCGCCGGUUCACUCGCCAUUGCCUUCGCCAACAUAACCGGUUACUCUGUUUUAUCCGGUUUAGCACUCGGUAUGGAGCCACUCUGCUCUCAAGCCUUUGGCGCUCACCGCUACAAACUCCUCUCACUAACCCUCCAUCGAACCGUGGUUUUCCUCUUGGUUUGCUGCGUACCGAUCUCGGUUCUCUGGUUCAACGUUAGUAAAAUCUCGGUUUACCUACACCAAGAACCGGACAUCGCGAAGCUAGCACAAACGUAUCUCAUCUACUCACUCCCUGACCUCGUAACCAACACUCUCCUUCACCCAAUAAGAAUCUACCUUCGCGCUCAAGGCAUCAUCCACCCCGUCACACUAGCGUCCCUAUCCGGCGCCGUUUUCCACAUCCCCGCUAAUAUUUUCCUCGUCUCUUACCUUAAACUAGGUUUAAAAGGCGUCGCGGUGGCCUCCUCGGCUACUAACCUCUUCGUGGUUAUUUUCUUGAUAUGUUACGUGUGGGCUAGUGGUCUCCACGUGCCUACAUGGACCGACCCGACCCGGGACUGUUUACGAGAAUGGACUCCUUUACUCCGUCUCGCUGGACCUAGCUGUGUCUCCGUGUGUUUGGAGUGGUGGUGGUACGAGAUCAUGAUCGUUCUUUGCGGGCUGCUAGUGAGCCCGAGGUCGACCGUUGCCGCCAUGGGGGUUUUGAUACAGACGACGUCGUUUUUAUAUGUUUUUCCUUCUUCUUUGAGCUUCGCCGUCUCGACUCGUGUUGGCAACGAGCUGGGAGCGAACCGUCCCAGGACGGCGAAGCUCUCGGCUAGCGUUUCUAUCGUUUUCGCGGCGGUGACGGGGAUCACCGCCGCGGCGUUUGCCUACUCGGUUAGAAAUGCUUGGGGGAUGGUUUUCACCGGAGAUGAGGAGAUUUUGCGGUUAACUGCGGCGGCGCUUCCGAUAUUGGGUUUGUGUGAGAUCGGGAACUGUCCUCAGACGGUGGGGUGCGGAGUCGUGAGGGGGACGGCACGGCCGUCUACAGCGGCGAAUGUGAAUCUUGGCGCGUUUUAUCUGGUGGGCAUGCCGGUGGCUGUGGGUCUUGGGUUUUGGGCCGGAUUUGGGUUUAAUGGGCUUUGGUUAGGACUUCUUGCUGCGCAGAUUAGCUGCGCUGGUCUUAUGAUGUAUGUUGUGGGGACCACUGAUUGGGAAGCGGAGGCUAAGAAGGCGCGGUCGCUAACAUGCGCUGACUCUGUAGUGAGCGAUUUAAUUAAGACGGUGGUGGUGGCUAAUUCUGACGGUCAGAGCGAUGAGACGCAGCCGUUGCUUCGUAUCACGGUGCUUUAUUGAUACAAAAUUUUUAUAAUAUAAGUUCAAGUUAAUUAUAAGUUAUAGCUAUAAUUAUUUUUCUCCUCUCUUUUAAUAGAAAGAGAAAGUUUUGUCUUUCUUGAAAAUAUUAACAUUUCUUCCUUUUUUGUACUUUAACAUUUUUUUUUUGUUUCUCUCCUUAUAUUAUGCCCUUAUGAUUG